CAGACCGGAAGUAGGGCCCUGAGGGAGUUUGGUUACCAGGGCAACGUGGUGCCGUUGACUGCUGGAUGGAGACACGCCGAGGAGACGCUCCGGCCUUCUUCUUCUUCUUCUCUUUGCAUCCCUGAGAAGCAAUGGCGGCCGCCUCGCAGCUGAACGCCGUCCCCUCUGGAAAGAAGCCCCCCUUUGUUGUUGUGAACCCUCCCCGCUUGCUGGCCACGCACGUGGCCCGGCCAAAGUCCGCCAAGGGCCGCACCAGGCCACUCUUGACCUGCUCCUACGGUGCUUCCUCGUCCGUGCCGCCUUCUCCUGGGAGCCAUGCUGAAGAACCCCUUCGAGGUGGCCAGAGAGUGUCCACCCCGCAGGUCUUCCCCGUCGAGGUCCCCGACCUCCUGCAGCAAGUGCCUCUGCGCUCCUCCUCCUCCUUGAACAAGUACCGAGUGUUGCCUUCCAUCAGCAGGAAAGGCCUGAGGAACAGCGGGCCGGAAGGGGCGCCCGACCACACUGCCGGUGCCAGGAUGGAGAAGAAGGGAGAUUGUGCGUGUCGGGUCCAAGGGAGUGGCAGGGAACGCGACGCCGAGGAAGAGCCGGAGGAGCCCGGCGAAGGCGAGCCCCGGCUUCUCCUUGCCAUCCGCUCCCCGUCGGGCCGGCGCUUCGAGCGGCACUUCCGUCCUAGCGACAGCCUGCAAACCGUCCUGGCGGUGGCGGCACGGAGGAACUCGUCCACGUACCGCGGCCGCGGCUACAGCCUGGAGACGGCGGAGGUACCCCGGAGGACCUUCUCGGACCUCUCCCGCUCGCUGGAGGAGUGCGGCAUCCCCCACAAGUCGGUGCUGUGCAUCCUGCGGCGGGAAGAGCCCUGAGUCGCCCGGGGUGCAUGAAACGCAACCGGAGCCAGCAGCUGUGCCUUCCUGUCCUCCCCGCCUUUGGCCCUUGGCCUUCCCGUUGGCUUCCGGGCCCUUUACCCAACCCAAACAUUGGCUUCUUUUUCUCUCGGAGGGGAGGGUUGAUAUGAUUUGUUUCCUCCGUUCAUUCCUUUCCCAUUCAAGAGCAACUCUAAAAGUAGUGCCUAUAUAUAUAUAUACUAGCGGUCCCUUGCCACACGUUGCUGUGGCCCAGUCUGGUGAUCUGGAAAAUAAAGUAAUGAGGAAGUGUUGGUUUCUAA